AUGUCUCAAGACCCUUGCCUAUUCGAAAAUGCCAUUGAAGGGCACCCUGGGUUCGAAGCUAUCACGACGAGAGAGCUACAGAUGAUUAGAAUAAUGGAGGCUAUAACUGAUAAGCCAGGCUGGGAGAUGAAGGUGUUCGACGAUAACAUAGUGAAUAAAUGGCGGGCCGAGCUUGCGGCCAUGGGAAAUCCUCCAACGACGAAGAUGGUGGACUGGAUCAUGGAAGAGCUCCGCUUCAAAGCGAAUAUGUACAAUGAGAUCGACAUGGUCUACGUCUAUGAUGGCGAUAUUGUUAAAUCCGAUACCAUGGUUCCGAAGUCCCUUCAGGCAUCAUUGAAGGCCGCGGUCGCGCCUUUGGAGAAUGUCCCGGACGAGGACAAGGACUACCACCCAGGCACGAACAAUCAGGUGCUUGACCUUGUGCACCCUUCUCUGUUCCCACUUGUGUAUGGAAAGACGCGCGUUAUCGCAGACGGAUGCCUAACCGUCCAAGACGGGAUCAAGCGCGCCGGGGAGGGCGAGAUCGUCGAGUGGGCUGGACCCUACCCUGAAGAUUCAGAGUCUUCUUUUUUUAGCCAGACGUUCCAAUGGCUCCCAUGCGACGUUGCUUUCGUUCCUGUCAAACGAAAAGCAGACACAGACCACCAGAAGAGCGGUGACUUGGCGCCCAACGGCGUCCGCUGUAAGAUCAGCAGCUACAUCAAUAAUCUCCACCCAGAUGACCAUGGCGAUUUGUAUUCCAUCAUCGAGCAGCUCAUCUCUCUCUCUGUGCCGCUGUGGAACCUGACAUUGUCUGGCCUGAAAGCGGAGAUACGAUCAAAGCGUAUCGAGUAUGACACCGUCACAUAUGACCCUGAUCCAGAUACGAUGCCGAACUCCAUGAAACCGCCGCGGAUGAAGGGCGAGCAUGAAAAUGAGUACUGGGGCAGGCUGCAUAGGUGGGAGAAGGAGAUCAGGAAGCUGGUUUUGCCGGAACCGGGAGAAUUCACGCCUCGCCCUGUCAUUUCGAAGUAUCACUUUUUAGGAGACUAUAAGGGAAAGCCCAGCAUGGUGCCGGAAGAGCAUAUUGUUGACUUAUACGCGGACUAUAAGGAAUCUGGCAUUCAAGUUAUCGUGAAACUGGCAAAUAUCCACUUGACCCCAGACAACCCAACGUACCCAGGGGGUUCUUGGCAUGUAGAGGGACAGCUGAACGAAAGAAUAUGCGCUACCGCGCUAUACUACUAUGACUCGGAGAACAUCACAGAGUCCCGCCUCGCUUUCCGAAGGCAGAUCAACGAAGAAUGGGAACAAAAUAUCUCCUACCCGCAAGAACACCGCUCCUGGCUAAAGGAAGUGUUCGGGUUGAGAGAUGGCGGCCCCAUGGUUCAGGAGGUCGGCAGCGUAGUCUGCAAGGAAGGGCGUCUCCUCACCUUUCCGAACACCUUCCAGCACAAAGUCAUGCCGUUUUCACUACAGGACGCCACCAAGCCCGGCCACCGGAAGAUCGUCGCGCUCUUCCUGGUCGACCCCAACCUGCGCGUCCGUUCCACCGCAGACGUGCCGGCGCAGCGACGGGAUUGGUGGGAGAGGGUUCUUUCUAUAGACGAUAUCCUGGUCGGCCUGCCGCAGGAGCUCAAGGAUCAGGUGGAGGACGAGCUGGAAGGGUUUAUGAUGUCGAUGGAUGAGGCGAAACAGCUCCGCCUGAAGUUGAUGGAAGAAAGAAGCAGGUUUGUUACACAUCACACUAGCUCAAUUGAGGCGUUCGAGUUCUCGCUAUGUGAGCACUGA